CGGCCGCACGGGUGGUGUGGCCCACAGGAGCGCGGCGUCGCAGAGGGAGGCGCCCCGCCGGUCUCAGCCCGGCUCCAGCUCUUGCGGCCGGCGGUGUGUCCCGCGGUCUGCCCGGUGUGGCGUCCGCAGGCUCUGCGCGGAGCGACAACGAGCGAAUAACCCCCCCCCCAAGUCUCGCCGACUCUCCCGGUGUGUACCUACCCUACCCUGCGCCGCGCCUGCGGAGGAGUCCAGACGCCUAGCAGCUCCAAGAUACAGAGGAAGAGCCCUCAGGAUGCCAGAGCCAGCAAAGUCCACCUCUGCCCCUAAAAAGGGCUCCAAGAAAGCUGUGACGAAGACCCAGAAGAAGGGCGAUAAGAAGCGGCACAAGAGCAGGAAAGAGAGCUACUCCAUCUACGUGUACAAAGUGCUGAAGCAGGUGCACCCUGACACUGGCAUCUCCUCCAAGGCCAUGGGUAUCAUGAACUCUUUUGUCAACGACAUCUUUGAGCGCAUUGCUGGAGAAGCAUCCCGCCUGGCCCAUUACAACAAGCGCUCCACCAUCACCUCCCGAGAGAUCCAGACAGCUGUGCGACUGCUGCUCCCAGGAGAGCUGGCCAAGCAUGCUGUCUCAGAGGGCACCAAGGCUGUCACCAAGUACACGAGCUCCAAGUAGCCAGACAUCACCUCUCCAAUGGAACCAUCAAGCACUGGGCCCUCUGCGCAAGCACAGCUGGGCAGCCACGGUCUGGGUAAACAUCACAGCUAUUAUCCACAGCAAUUUGCAGCCUUGGAAUGGGCAUGAGAAGCUGUCUGGUGGAAGAUGAGACAGUGAUCUGGAUGUCAGAUGAUUUUCAUAGUCUGUUUGGGACAUGCAGUGGGUUCAGCAAGGCUGGUGAAGGAGGCCUUUGCUUUCACACCUCAUCUGAAGAACUGACUGACAUCCAAACUCCCCUCUGUGCUUGGCAAACAUGUGUGUUUGGGACUGGCAGGGGAGGCUGGCAGCAGCAACACAGUAAUGCCAUCUCUGAAGUCUUCCUGUUUAGCUGCUUUCUCACAGUCAUCCAAGAUGGGCACUGAGGAGUCAGCGCUGCUAUCCUCUCCCUCAUAGCCUGGAUCUGCCCUGUGCUGGCAGAAGUGGCAUUGACAGCCACUGGGCAUGAGCUGUGGAAUAAAAUCUAUAUUGGUUCAGCAGCUAUCUGUGCUUGAUGGUCUGCUUUUAAGAGCAAGCCUGGCAGACAGGUAGGUGCCCAGCAUGAUGCCAAGCGCUGUUCCUCCUUGUCACUCCCAGUGGAUGAGCCAUCAAACAGACUGAGGGUACCGGCACUGAAGCUGCCUGCCACCCCCCGCCUUGUGCCAGAGCAGAUGAAUGGAUAAGGUGGGCAUGUUGGGGCUGGGUUGCUACCUUCCCCUGUUUUGUCUGCUUCAAGGACUUGGAUUGGUCUGCAAGACCUUGCUGAUUUUGUUGCUUUUCAGAGGCUGCUCCUGCUUGGAUGCUGCUUGGGUGCUCUGAGACAGGGUGGUCCCUGUGGGAAUCCUUUCUCCUGUGAGUGCUAGGGUGGUGCAGGACAAACAGCACAGAGGUAUCAGGAUGGGACUGAGGAUUUGGAAAGGCAUGUGAAGUGGGAACAGAGGUGGUUAAUGCAGAGAUCACUGAACAGCUGACUUGGCCCUGCCUUGCCUGCUUUAUUCACCAGUUAGAAAGCAAAAGGAAAAACUGGGGCUGGAUGCUUGAUUGCAUCCCAGUGAUACUUUAAAUAAUUUUAAACUGCAUCAGAUGCUCCCCAUAUAUUCUCAAAAUCCACAAUAAGGUAAGCAAUAAUAAAAUCCUGAUAAAAGCCAUAGAGAUUAAUAAGCAAUGUCUUGGUUACAGGUCUAUCUUGCCCAAACUGCUGGAUAGCAGAAGAGCAUGUAUAGAAUUGGUGUGAAGUUGAAGCUUCCUACUCAAACCAUAAAAUUAGCCCCCAAAAAAAUACCAAAAUCUCUGGUAGGCAGUAGCACUCAGAUAAAAAAUACUCAUGUCUAAAAUAACAACUGCAUUCUGCAGCUUAUUCUGUAAAUAAACAGGACAGAAAAGAAAGAAGAUCCAGAACUAAGUGCAGGUUCUCCUCAGACUCCAAGACAUUUCUUUUAACUGAAAGGUAAAUCCAUAUCCUGAAAUAGCAACCUUGCAGUACAUCUUUCACUUUCUCCUAUGUUUAUCUUUGUCCUGUUUCUUUACACUUUGAGUGAUGUGGACUCUUGCAGAUUUAUGUUGCUUUUGAAGCUAUAGGGCUGCAGCUCUAGAGGAUCUAGUUAUUUCUUGGCUCUGUAACCAUGUUGUAGUUAUUUUCCAGUUGGUCUGAGAAAAGGUCCAUGUAGAGGUGUUCAACCAAAAGAAUCUCAGAAACCAGAUUGCAGCAUAGUAGGUCAUGUGGUCUCCAUGGAAGACCAAACAUCAAGCUGCUUAUGGGCUGCUCCCAUCUGCCUUGUGUCAGUUUGAACACCCACAAAGGAGCUUUCCUCCCAGACUUUGCCCAGUGAUAGCACACAGCCAUGUUUCAUACUCUAAUGCCAGCAGGAAUCUCUAACAAUAACUUUCAGAAAGAGCAGAAGCCAGGUGUCAGCAUCCACAAUGAGCAGCUCCCAGCAGCAUUAGCUGUACUUGGUAGCAUUAAUAUCCUGGAUGGCUCAGCUAGGAUGCUUUGGAGGUGACAGCUUAGCACUUCUUUCUGGUUUCAAAUCAAAUCAUAAAGAUCAGAUACAAAAGAUGAACAUGCAGGAGGCCUGGAGCAUCUGUUCUUGGCCCCUCUCCCACCAAAAGUCAGAUAGAAGAUGAUGCACAAGGGGAAUAUAGGGAAUGAAGGGCUAGCUGGCAACACUGCAACUUUUCCCUCCCAUCCCUAUGAGCUGCAGGUCAAGAUUCAUCCCCUGAGCAAGUUCAUAGAGGAGUAAGUCCACUCCAAGCAGGGCAUACAAGCCAGGGCACACAUCUGCCAGGAUUACCUGGCACAGCCUCUAAUUCUGCUCUACUGUCUGCAGGCUGCAGGAAGUCGAGAAAACAAAGUGAGAUGUUGUCCCUCCAUGGUCUCCUGGGCAACUCAGGAAGAUGGGGACAAGGCUGGGCAUUUGGACAAGAGCUGCUGUCCUAAUACACAUACAAUACUGGUCUCAUUUUCUUCUGUCACUGUUGCCACUCUCCAUUUUGGGAAAUUAUUUCAGAGAGAGGAGAAAUGACAAUUUGAGGCUACAAAAAUACAUGGAAAGCUUAAAGAGAAUCUUUAUAUUGUCUAAAGCUGAGUCACUGAAAUUGGUCAUGUUCAUCCAUUUAUAGUUCAGGCUGUCCUUUCACACACUGUUUGCUCCUCACCCUCCCUUUGUAUCAUUUCUUGCCCCUAAGAGUGUGGAUCACAGGGUUGAGGAACGUAUCCAGGUAAAAACAAAUCCUUUCUAUUUUUCUUGCAAGUUUUGUUUUAACCCAGGUCUGGUGUCUGCUCUGAUCUGUCACUGUUAUACAGACAUCUGUGCCAGCCAAGGCAAGGGCCGAUCCAGGAAGGACAAGGUUGGCAUAAACUAGGACUGCCACAGAAAGCAGUUGAGAAAUUCAUGGCUUUUGUUUCAAAGAAAAAUGCAGAAAUGUCUCUCUCCUGCAGUGGUCCAGUUAGCAGCAAAGAUGGAGCUUUUGAAUACAGCACUACAGCAGUUACACUUGUAGAGUCCCACAAAUAGUUUAUCUAAGAGUCCUGACAAUGGAAAUCAGACACAUCACGUUUCUGCAGACUCAGCUGUUACACAAAGGAAAGGGAACAGAUUGGGAAGUGGACACUGUUUGCACACAGCCACCCAGCUGCACUGGUUGGAGGCUUCUUGUUCAGCAGGCUAAUAGCAUAGACACCUUUCCCACAGCUGCUUGUUGCUGUACAGGAGCAUGGUCACAGCAGUUUCAUAAGAAUCACUUUGGCUGUGACGAGCUUGGAAUAGGCCUUAAUAUAGUACAGGCAAUAGAAAAUGGUCUACAAGGUCAGGCAUCAGUUGUCUGUUCAGUAACCUGAGCUGCGGCACAUUGCACAGUUCUCUGGUAAGGGAAUUUGCUGUAAAAGAGGAGUUCUGUGCUUCAAGAUCUUUGCUAUUAAGAAGCAUAUAUCUCCACUUCUGGCACUGAUAAAUUGGUUUUGAAAUUAAGAUAUUAUACCAAGUCCCACUGUUCCCACCCAGAAGCUUCUCUGGGCCAUUCUUGUGUUCUGCCAAUUAAAGAAAAAGUAAUCAACCUGAGAUUGGAAGUUGGAAAAGGAAUCCGAAAAGGAGUAAUACAGCCUCAGUGUUAACCACACAUCAACUCCAUGGACGUCAUCACACUGAGUUAAUUGUUUUCAUCCACAUUUUAAGAGAUAAAAUUAGCUGUUGUAGAUCUAGUCCUGAUUUUUUACCCUGCUUUCCUAAAAGGGCUUAAAGUCUAUCCACUCUUUACAGCAGAGCUCAGUCUACAGAAGAACUGAGCGGCCAUGUGCAUGCAGGCUUGCUCAAGGCAGACAGGUCUUUAGUCAAGCAAGGGGAAAACAAAGGUAAAGAAAAGUGUGGAGGAUGAGUCUGUCCUGGACAGAGCUGCAUGCCUUAGGAAGGAAUGCCUGAGCUGAGACCACAGAAAAGCCCUGCCUAGAGAAGCCAUGUGUCUGUAUGUCCUUCUGCCCUGGUGACAGGCAACCAUGUGGAGGUAGACCCAAGUUUUUGCUACUGCUGGCAUCAAGCCUGGUGUGGCCUUUGCAAAGCCCUGUGCAUUUGUCCCAUCGUAGCGUUUCCUGAUGGUUUACAUCCAGACCAAAUUGUUUACAGAGAAGGGAAGAAUGUGAACUAUUACAAUCACUUGCUGCCAGAGUUUUGAGAAUUCCCUGGGACCAGCACCCAGGGAGCAAACUCUCAUGCUUACUCUCCAUUUUGUGGGUUCAUGUACACAGUUUUUCUGACAGUGUUACAUCAAGUAUGAUCUAUGCUAUAUUACUGCUGUUGGAUGACUUAUCACAUGGCUAAUUACCUGUUUUCUGUUAAAUGUACAAAUAAAAUGUGAAUGCCAACCUGUUGGAAGUCAAA